AUGAAAUUUUGGGGGGUAGUACUAUUGGCGAGUUUUCUUUUGAUUGCAACCUUUCUCAUAGGGCUGAUCCCAUUGUAUUAUAUUGAUAAACAAAAAAGGUCCAUUAUCGCUGACCAAGAAGGUGGUGAUUCAGUUUCUGAUCUUACUACGAAUAUCGAUACCCAAACGAUUGACGAUGAGGUUACCAGUUACCGUGUCAAAAUUGCCGUUUUAUCACAAUUCGGUAUAGGAAUGUUGUUAGGUACAUCGUUCAUGUUAGUAAUACCGGAAGGCAUCAAAGCGUGUGUUGAACACAAUGGAAACGUUGGUGUGAAUUUACUUAUUGGGUUUAUAGGCGUUUAUGUUCUCGAUAGGUUGGUUACACUAUGGAUUUCUGGAAAGCAAACGGUGUAUACGCACGAUGCUGUCAAAUUCCAAAACUGGAAAGAUAUAAUAAACCAUCCAAGACAAAUAUGGAUGAACCUAAUACAAAACAACGUUGUAUUUGCGUUAUUCAUUCAUGGAUUAUCCGAUGGGAUUGCACUAGGUACGACAACGAAUAAUGAUUCACUGCUUAUAGUGGUGUUAAUUGCUAUAGUUAUUCAUAAGAUCCCUGCGGUUCUUUCUCUCACUAGUUUGAUGGUAUCGAGACAAAACCUAUUGAAAUGGGAGGUAGUGUGCAACGUUUUCUUGUUUGCGUCAUCGACUCCGAUCGGAUACAUAGUGCUAUCACUUUUAAAUUUGAGCCAUUCACCUACGAUGGAUUGGAUUAGUGGAAAUCUUUUGCUUAUGAGUGGUGGUAGUUUACUAUAUGCGUCUUUCACAGCAUUUGUUGGUGGAGGUUCCCACGAUCAUGAUCUGAGCGUGGAACAGGAAGUCGUUUUACCCCAUGAUGAAUCCAUUUAUGUUUUAACAGGUGUUUGCAUACCAUUGGUGAUAUCGUACUGCAUUUCUGAAGAGUAG